GCUGCUCUCGCCCCGGCGCCUCCCAGUUCGCCCGAGUUGCGCACAGAGGGACACCAGCUGCCGGGCCGUCGAUCUACCCGCCGCGGCGCUACUCGGAGCCCGUGGAAAACUAUUAUUGAUAAUCUUAACGGCAAGACUGCGUUGAAGCCUGGGAUUUUCUGUUGAAGCGUGCACAGAAAUAUUUUUCAGAACUUCGGUAUCUGGCAAGGAACACAGCAAGCAGGGCAUAGAAAUGUGGCAGCUUGCUUCCCUCCUCUGUUACUUCUGAAUACUGAGGAACUUAGCUUAUCAUAUUCCUCAAAGAUCGUGCUGAUAUGCAAUCUGGGAUGGAACAGACAACAGGUGUAAGUGGCCAUGAACACGUAAUUGAUAUUCCAAGGGAUACCGGUCCUUCUAUCUCGGCAUCACAUAGUGUUGGUAGAGAUAACCAUGAAGGGGUCAAUCCUGUGGACAGGCCUUCAACGAGAGCAGUGGCGUCUGCGUUGCAGCCACCAUCAGCCAUUGGCCCUCCUCAUGCAGGGAACGCUUCAGGCACUAGGAGAAGUGAUAACUAUGGUCGGCGGCAUAGAAGCCCUUUGAACUCUGGACUAUGGAUUUCAAUUGAAGUAAUCGUUAAUGUGAGCCAAAUUGUUGCUGCCAUUGUUGUGUUAUCCUUGUCAAGGAAGGAACAUCCACAAGCUCCAUUGUUUGAGUGGGUCAUAGGUUACACAGUUGGAUGUUUUGCCACUUUGCCUCAUCUUUAUUGGCGCUAUAUACACCGUAAUAUCGUGAAUGGUCAGGAUGAGCAAGCACAUUCACUUCAGGGUUCCUCGCAGAACAACUCGACCGAGCCCACUCCUGCAAGUGUAUCAGAGCGGCGAAGGACUGCUGCACGAAAUGCAGUUCUGGCUAACCCAAGGAUUAAUGCACUUUUUGACCACUUCAAGAUGGCCUUGGAUUGUUUCUUUGCUGUGUGGUUUGUCGUAGGAAACGUGUGGAUAUUUGGUGGGCGUUCUUCUGCUGUUGAUGCUCCAAACUUGUACAGGUUAUGCAUCGUGUUCCUCACCUUCAGUUGUAUUGGGUAUGCCAUGCCUUUCAUCCUCUGUGCAAUGAUAUGCUGCUGUCUCCCCUGCAUUAUAUCGGUCAUGGGUUUUAGAGAAGACACAAACAAUACAAGAGGGGCCACCUCGGAAUCCAUCAAUACUUUGCCGACUUAUAAAUUCAAAACCAAGAAACGCCGCCAUGGUUCAGGGAACGAAGCUGAAGGCCAAGAUGGAGGUGUUGUGGCUGCAGGAACUGACAAGGAGCGAGCGCUUUCUGCCGAAGAUGCUGUUUGCUGCAUCUGCCUUGCUAAGUAUGCACACAAUGACGAGCUUCGUGAGCUUCCUUGCACACAUUGUUUCCACAAGGAAUGUGUUGAUAAAUGGCUGAAGAUAAAUGCACUUUGCCCUCUGUGCAAAGCUGAGAUAGCAAGCUCAUCCGGCACAUCUGAUACUCGGCACACCGACCAUUCGAUUCCGGUGCAGGAGAUUGAAAUGCAUUAGGCUGGUCUGCCUUCUGAGCCAACACGUAAGAGUAUAGCCACUCGCGGUGCCCAUCUGCAUGUAUAAAGUCGGAAGCAUUUGGCAUAUGGAUUGUAACGACGUCCAUGGUUCUUAUUUUUUGUCCCUUUUAUCUUGGAGAGAAGUACAGCUCCUCUCGCUGUCGAUACUCUACAAUGCAAUGCAAUAUUGUUUC